AUGUCCGAGACACUCCUCAACGGCGCCGCCUGCAAGCCCAGCGCGCCGCCCAAAUCCUCCGGCCUGAUGAAACUCAACAGUUACGUGCUGGCCCUGCGACCGUGGUCCCUCAGCGCCAGUCUCAUGCCCACCCUGCUGGGUGCCACAAUAGCGUACAAAUAUCCCGGCGCCAGCGACUUCAACUACAUUACGCUCUUACUAACUCUUUUCACCGUAGUGUCCGUUCACGGUGCCGGCAACCUGGUCAACACCUACUUCGACUACGUGAAGGGCAUCGACAACCGCAAGUCUGACGAUCGCAUCCUCGUCGAUCACAUCCUCACCAAAGACGAGGUGGUAUCACUCGGCGCGCUGCUAUACUUCGCCGGCUGCGUUGGUUUUGUAAUGCUGGCGGCGCUUUCACCGGCGAAAAUGGAGCAUCUAGCGCUCGUCUACUUCGGCGGGCUGUCCUCCAGCUUCCUCUAUACUGGUGGUAUUGGCCUGAAGUACAUCGCACUCGGCGACGUGCUCAUACUCAUCAUCUUCGGCCCCAUCUCAGUGCUGUUUGCGUUCAUGUCGCAGACAGGACGCGUGGAAUGGGCGACGAUGUACUACGCCAUUCCGCUGGCGCUCAACACCGAGGCGAUUCUCCACAGCAACAACACGCGUGACUCCGACGCCGACAAAAAGGUCGGCAUUGUCACGCUGGCGAUCCUCAUCGGGCACACCGCCUCGCACGUACUGUACGCGUUCCUGCUCUUCACACCGUACAUCAUGUUCAUGGUGGCGUCGUUGAAGUACUCCAAGUGGUUCAUGCUGCCGCUGGUGACGCUGCCGCACGCAUUCCGAAUUGAGAAACAAUUCCGUUCGGCAGAUAUGCACAGCAUACCGAAGAAAACGGCGAAACUCAAUCUCUUCCUCGGCGUGCUGUACGUGCUGGCGUGCAGUCUGGUGCCGGUGCUGCCGUACAUCACGCAGAGGUAGACGCAGCACUGCGUGCUGCUCGCGCUCGUCGUCGUCGUGUCCGCGCGCAAAUUCACCAAGCACUCGUACGCGGGCGGCUGCGCCAGGGACACGCAGUAGAUUUUUUGCUAUAUAUUGUAUCGGAGCGUGUUCUAGAUGUACGCAAAUUCUAAACAAAAAAAGACAACCACCACCAAAUCAAACUGGAAUCAAACGCGUUGUGGCUUGCGCAGUAUUAUCUCAUGUUGCGCUUUUGUUCGGCAGGCGGCAGGUUUCGACAAUUUUACACAAACUUUUAGAAGUCCUGAACCAUAUCUUCCAUUAGCACGUAAGUUUUAUGUGAGAGACACAGAGCGAAUCGGCCGGGCGUCGAUAGACAAUAAAAUAGAAUCAAGUCUGGACGAAUGUAAAUAUAUUUAAUUACGGUCAAGAUAUAUUAAUAUAUAUAUAUUAAUAUAGGAGGUAUGUUUUCUGUUCGUAUGUCCGCUGACCACUCAUGACGACAAUAAUCUCUAACUUAUAAGACAGCUUCCACGUACACACAAGAUACAAUAACACUCACACGCGCACGAAUAUCAAACCUAAAUACUUAUUUUGUUGACAAUCGGAUUGAGCCGGAGUGUGGCACUCGAGAGAAGUUUAUUAAUUGUAAAUUGUAGGUGUAUCUGGCGGCAUAAUGAUGUUACAUUUUAAAUGAUUGUAUAUUUAACAAAAGUUUUGCUGUUUUAUUGAAAUAGAAGAAGGAAGGAAGGAAAACCAUAACGAAAGUUUUUCGUUAAAAUGGCAAGACAUGUCGUUCGCCGUUUGUACUGUAACAUAUCUUUGUAUACAUAUGGAGUUGCAUGCAACUGGCAAGAAAUAAAAGGAAAAUCAAGACUCGUA